ACUGCUCCUAUCAUCCAAGAAAUGAACCCACUUCUCCAAAGAAAUGCAAGAAUGUCCCUGAAAUUGACUUCAGAGGCAAAGGUUCCUCUGUGUCCUCAGAGUGGACCUCCGUAAGGGUUAUCCCAGAAGAAGAGAUGACUGAACACAACCUUUUGGCUGUUCGGGUUAUGGUAACCAGUGAUGGAAGCAGUUCAGAACUAGAAUCUGAUUAUUAUGGUGAUUCAUCCAGUUCCGAGUUUAACAAAGGGCUACUGCCUUCACCUGAGCCCAGGAGCUACACCUCAACUUCACCAAGGCUUCUCCCCUUGAAUACAAGCUUGGUCCAAAAAGAAGAAUGCCAUGCAAAGUCCAAGCCUGCAAAUACUCUACGAAGAGCCAGUAGUCUUCGGGAGACUUCAGCGCUCAAAAAGUCCCAAAGCUGGAAGAAAAAAAUCCAAUCAAAUUUUCCUCUCUUGAACUCAAAGAAAAAUGGCCCAUAUUCAAAGGACACCCCUGCCAGAAUUAAAAGUGAUUUUGAGGACGAUCGCUUCCCCACAGAACUGAUGUCUCUCAACAAAACUCCAGAAAUUACAACAGGACAUUUCAAACUCCAUGGCCGGGCAUUUCAAAGAAAAGGAGGAGCCACAGAGGUACCUGAAGAAAUCCCUUUCUAUGUUCCUCAUCAUUCAUUUCACAGCAGCACAGACAGCAGCCCUUUGGCACGUAGUAAAUCUUUCCAUCAUGGGCACAUGACUUCAGUGCCCAUUGGCAAGAAGCAUGAGGCUGACAUUUACAAUAUUGGGGACCAACGUUUGAAAAACCAGACAGUGUGCAGAGAAUGCAAGACCUCAGGAUUGCUUGCAAAAUGCUCAGAUGCUUCUUCUGUGAAUUUUGAAAAGGAACAUAAAGCAGCUUCAGUAUCCUCAAAAGACCAGCAUAGAAGCAAAGCUAAAAACAAGAUAAUGAGGAAGAUCACAUUUUCAAUGGAACAGUCCAGACUCCGUGCUCUGAAAGAUGGUGAGCUAAAUGGAACAAGGAGAGAGCCACAAGACCAAGGAAUCCUAGAGCAGACUCCAAAACCAUCCAGUUGCCACAGACAUCCAGAUUUCUCAGAGGGCUGUUCACCAAUUACGUCACCAGAACACAAACCUCCAAAGAACACUGAUAACUGUCCCAAAGGACAUAUUGCUGGCCAGUCUAAAUCACCACUGAGACUAAUUGCCAGUGCCAUAAGGAAAUCCAUCAUAGAACCUCUUACAUCUCCCCCAGAAGGCUUGAAAAAAACACAAGAGACAAAUGCCAGACUUCCUUCAGAAAACAGAGAGUUCAGUUUCCCUUCUACUGUCGGUUUAAGGAACAGCAAGAAUCGUGAGGAGCAUGACACAUGGAUGCAAGAGCCCAGUGAGUUGUGUACUCCAGGAAAAGGACUUGAAACUGGUAGUUCAGAUAGUUCUAGUUUUUCCAACUGUCCAGGAGAAGAAUAUUCAUAUGACGACACAACUUUUCCUGUUUACAGUAUGCAUACCAGCCCAUCUGAAAGCAGAUGA